CCAGUCAGUUCCACCUAUCAGUGCCAGUCAGUGCCGCCUAUCAGUGGUUGCCCAUCAUUGCCGCCUAACAGUUCCAGUCAGUGCCGCCUAACAGUGCCAUGCCCAUCAGUGAAUGUCUGUCAAUGCCCACCAGUGAUGCUUGUCAAUGCCCAUCAGUGCCACCUACCAGUGCUUCCUCAUCAGUGCCGUCUAUCAGUGUCCAUCAGCGCAGCCUAUCAGUGCCCAUCACUGCAGCCUCAUUAGCGCACAUCAGUGAAGGCGAAAAAUUACUCAUUUACAAAAUUUUAUAA